ACUGCCAUCCAGAUCCUCCAGAUCUGUGAAGCGUUGCGGAGUGGUGUCCUUACCCCUAGCCAAGCACUUUGUAAAAAUAAUCAAAUGUGGUAGCUAAAUAGCUAGAGAGCGUCUGAUUUACCUAGCUGUCUCCUCGUAUUCACUGUUCACUGUAGAGGAGCUCUCAGCUGGACUGUGGAUGCUUGUACAUCGCUAUCAAUAACACUACAAGGAGAGCUUUUUCUUCUGACCACAAACCUGUGUUCUGCGCAACAUCUCGAGAUAAAGUAACAAUCUAGUGAUAAUUUACCAGUCAGUGGAGACAGAAUGUCAGAGAUGUCUGCUGUGAAGACAGAACACUCUGGAACGAGUGCAGCAAAUGGCAGUGGCCUUGUAUAUGAGGACAAAGAGGGAAAUGAGAAUGUGAGACCUGAAGAUCUUUCUGAGAUGUUGGCAGCAGGGACCAAAGAAGUUCACGAGAAGGCUGAAAACACACAGUUUGUCAAAGAUUUCCUUCGGGGGCGCAUACGCAAGGAGCUCUUUAAGCUUGGGGCAGUGGCCCUGUACUACACUUACACAGCCAUGGAAGCAGAGAUUGAGAGGAACAAGGAUCACCCCAACUUUGCCCCACUCUACUUUCCCAAUGAGCUGCAUCGCCAUGAGGCGUUGGCCCAGGACCUGGAGUAUUUCUAUGGAGAGGACUGGCAGAACCAGGUCAGCUGUUCCCCAGCCACUCAGCACUAUGUGGACCGCAUUCAUGAAGUCGGGCAAGAUGAUCCUGUCUUGCUGGUGGCCCAUGCUUAUACUCGCUAUAUGGGUGACCUCUCAGGGGGUCAGGUGCUGAAAAAGGUGGCACAGCGUGCCCUGAAGUUGCCGCCUACUGGGGAAGGGCUCAAGUUCUACCAAUUUGAUGGCAUCCACAGUGCUAAGGCAUUCAAACAGCUGUACCGGAGCCGCAUGAAUGAACUGGAGCUGGACACUGACACCAAGGAGAGGAUUGUUAAGGAGGCCAUUUUGGCCUUCCAGUUCAACAUGGAGAUUUUCCAGGAGCUGGAGGAGAUUGGAAAAACUAUUCAGGAGGAUGUUUUAGAUGCAGGUCCAAUCCAUGGUGACAUGCAAGGAGACAUUAGCAAAUGCCCUUACUAUGCUGCCAAGAUGGCUGCCAGUGGAGGAUCAACAUAUGUUUGUCAAAUGGCCUUGGCCUUCCUCAGAAACCCCACAGGUCAAGUUCUGUUGGCUGCAUGGAUUGCUGCCCUUGCUGGAUUGGCUGCCUGGUACCUCAUUUGAUCCAUUCAUCCGUUGGUCGAAGAAAACCUGUGUAGAAUUUAAUAUUUUAUGCUGAUGUAGGAACACUUCUCCCUCUGCUCAAAUUGUGGUUUUAAGAGAAACGGUAAUACUUCUACUACUAGUGUCAGACUUGAAGGAUGACCUAUAAAAAAUGAGUUACAUAGAGGAUUUGCUUUGUGUCUAAUAGGCACGUUCUUCAUCCACUUCUACCUUUAAAAUCUUUUGUGUUACAUCUGCCUUUUGGUUGUUUGCCCACUGAUUUCCAUAUUCAUGUGUUUACUCAGUGUCUUCAUAUGGAAGGUAGCAUAGGUUAUUUUGAAUGAAGAUGUAGUUAAUCCUAUUGAGACUCUUCAUAUUAAGUUGAAAAUUACCAGAACAGUUACUUGGAUAAAAUAUUAUAAUUAAAAUAACAGAUUUAGUUAUAGACCUAUGGAAGCACAUCAAAACUAAAACAAACUAAUAUGUGAAAUGGCAGUGUAUUUGUAUGUUUGCAUUUAAAUUUCCCACUCAUAUUUGCAGUGUUUGAGCUCAACGGUCAUCUACAUGGUUAAUGAGUAGCUUUAUUUAAAUUAAAAUGCAAAAUUUCUGGAACUGCAUAUUUAUGCUUAAUGUGAUUAUGCAAUAAUUAUGUCAAAUGAUAAAACAGAAUUUAUCUUAUGUGCAUUUAUCACACUCUUAAUAAUUAAUUUAGAUUGCAUUAUCAAAAAAAGCACAAAGCUAGAAAAGGGCAGAUUCAAAUGUAAAUGGUGGAACAGCACCUCUUUGCAAUUACAUAUUCUUGCCUACUGUGCUCAUUCUGUGUCAUCAGAUUGAAUUUUCAUUUUCACAGACUUCCCAACCUGUCAAUCAUGCUGUCAGGGCAGGGCCAAUCUAAAAACAUGGCAGCUGAAGAGUUUGUAGCUACUCUCAUCUUAGCAGAUGUGGCGAAGAAGAGAAAUAUAGCCAAUUUUGAUGCUAAAUGUCUUUUAUACAUGACUCCAUAAAAAAUGGUUUAACUGAUCAUGUGGCGAAGUUUUUUGGUCUAGUUGAUAAAAAUGAGGCUAAACUUGGCUUCCUAUUUGCCAGCUUCUUUUUUAAAUUGCAAACAUACAAAUACAUUGCCAUUUUACAUAUUACAUUUCCAUUUUAGUUUUGAUACCGAUAUGCUUCCAUAUAGACCAGGCUCACUUACUAACAGUUUUAGUAAAUGUGUAAAUUUUAUUUGCUAAUUGAUCCAGAUUCACUGUAAGUCAUUCCUGCCUCCUGAACCUGCUUUUUAAAUAAAAGACUUUGUUAUGCAUGACCUAGUUUAUCUGCAGGGCAGAUAAUCGCUUAAAGGUAUCUAGUAUUUCUUGUAAUAACAGUUAAUAUAAAAGAUUGUAUUUUAAGAGGACAUUAAUAAAGGAAGGGCCCUGUUGGUUUGGAUUGUUCUACAGUUCAGUUUACUUACUUGAAAUGGUCAUAUAGUGACCGAAUUUUACUGUAAACCUAACCACCAUUACACCCAGUUCAGUUUGUAAUGCAUAGCUAAUGAUGGUUUUCAUUUUGUCUAGCUUUAUGUAUAAAGAAUCACAUUACUACUUUUUAUAGCAGGUGACAGUGCUACACCCAAAAUGACUGUAAUGGAUGAGCCUAAAGAUCUUUUGACUAGAAUAGUUAUUCUGACAGUGAAAUGAGAAUGAGUGUAUUGAGUUAAAUGAGUAUACAUUGGUAAUAAUUAUUUUUCCCCAGUAUGCUUCCAUGGAAAGGAUAUUUUUGACAGUAUGUGACUGACUGAUGCAGUUUUAAGCAGAAUGCUAUGCAGUUAUGUUGCACUGGACGGAGUAUGUUAACUGUCCUUUUCUGCAUCCUUUUACAUAACAGGCCACUGAUCGUUCUGUUUGACAUGCCAUUUAGCUCCUGUACCAUGAUUUUUUCAGUUAGUUAGAGGACAAGUUGUCACAUUGUUCCCUUCAUAUUUACACAGAUCUCUAGAUGUAAAAACCACUGUUAACAGUAUUUUUUUUCAAAAAUAAAUGUUCCAUUUUUUAUGAAGCUGAUAUAAACAAAAUGGUUUUUGAUAUAGUUACUGCUUGUGUAUGUCAAAUGGGCUGGUGGUCUUCUUGAGUACAUUAAUGCUGAAGUUCUAAAAGAAAGUCUUCACAAACUGCUUCUAUUUUGCACAUUGAGUUUUCAGGAGUGCACUACUAUACAGCAUCUUAAUUAGUAUGACUGAGUUUCUUUUGGCUGUCAGUUUUCUUUUUGUAAUUAGUUUCUGGUCAUGUAUUUUAAUAAAUGAAUAGUAUGAAAUGUGACAUUUUGAAACCAAAGGAUGAGCCACAUGCAGAUUUCCUCUUUGUGAACUUCAGUUUAUAGUUUCCAUUUUCCCAUGAAUCUAAAGCACAAAUGGAUACUUUGGAUUUUGUUCAUGCCAUGUAAACACUAUCUGUGGUAGUGUGUUCUAUUGAGGUUGAGAGCUAUUGUGUUUUUCUUGAAGGUGCAUAACUGUAGGAUUAUGUUUACAUUUACUGAAAAGAUCAGGGGUACAUUUUACAGUGCGAUUUAUGUGCUAGCUAGAUCAAGUCUGUCUAAACAUAAACAUUCAUACAAGAUAAUCCUCACUUUGGGCUUAGUUAUCUAGCACUGCUAAGAAAUCUUACUUUGUAGAAUACCUCCUAGGUUGCAUGUGUUACUGACAUUCCUAUGUAUCCUUUUUUCCAAAAGGCUUUUUCACAAGUUCAGGCCAGUUGGCUCCUAGGAAAUAAAUGCUAUGAACAUUGUUGAAUGAAUCACUUUGGCAAAAUGAUCAGGCAAUAAAAGAUCAAACAUCCAUAGAGUUUUAUUACAACACAGUGUGACAUACCCACAGCAGCUUCCAGAAGCAAUAGACCAGUUGUUCAUUAAUUCAUUCCUACAUAUUGCACUGACAUUGUAUUGAGGACUACAAUGUAACGGAACAGUUAACAUUAAUAGCUGGAUAAGUAACUGUUAUUGCUGACAAGGGUCUCUACUAAUAAAACAUGUAAUUCUAAGCCUGUCCUUCCAAAACUUAAUUUUAACAACCAAGAGUUGAGUCUGUGAAGAAUAAAAUCAUGAUUUACCUGAAUCAA